AAACGUGGAACUAGCCUAGCAGUGGAGAAGGUUUCUGAAUGGGUAGAACGGAGCGAAAUUUGUAGAGUGUUUGCCUCCAGAGGUCGUUCGUGAGUCAGAGAAACCCGGACUUUGGAGGGAAAAGAGCUGGCCACAGUCCUUCCGCGCUUCUUGGUGCGGUGUGCGGGUUCUUCUGCCGGCCCUUCUCAGCUUUUGCACUCCCUCCGCCUGCUCUGGCCUUGCCUGCCUGCGGAGGCUACAGACUCUCUGCCCACCCCCGGGCGUCUCUGAAGGUAGAGGCCUAUAGCGAGGCAGUCCUGUGUACCCUUGUUCCCUGCAUUGCCUGUCUUUCGCCGGGAAUUCAUACUGGAUGGAAUUCUUUUAACGACUUUUGAACAUUUCUGCAGAAUCUUAGUUGGAGCUCUCCACCAGAGGCCUCAGGCAGCCACACCAAACGAGUGUGGGCAUGUAAGUUUUCUAGGAGGACUCCAGCUGCUCUGGGCCUCAUUCAACUGGUGUCCAUCCCAACAUUCCCACUGAAGGCUAUUUGUGCUAGAGGAGGAAGAACGCCCUCUCCAGAGCCAGUUCUUGGGGGGAAAAGAAGGAUUGUUGAUAUAGCCAGAGCCCACAAGGAAGAAGGAUUAUUCUGCAGCAGCUAAAGCCUUAUGGAAGGUUUUGCUUGUAGAUCAACUUUCAAAAUGUAGGAAGUCAGAAUGGGUGACAUCAUCAGAAAAAUAUGUGGAGCUGAUCUCAACAAGAAGUGAAGAACCCAGAGCAAGAAAGCGGUUUUAACUCCUGAGCCCAGGGAGUUGGCAGCGUUUGGGUUUCAGAGGAGCCAGCAUCUCCGAGUUGUCGAUGUGAGAUUCUGCUAAAUUACUGUUCUUCUGGCUGUAAGAUCUGAAUGCUGUGACCACUAAUUUGUUGAACCAAGACUCUGAGGCUGAUAUGCAAUGUCACUUACAACAUUAAUCAGAUACUGCAUUUAAGUGCUGGUAUCAGUGGUUUGAUUUUCAGCAAAUGUGACAGUGGCCUUUGCAGUGGUCAGCUCCGGGCUUUGAACUCUCAGAGGAGGAAGGGGAAAAGAAUUCAGCACACCACCUCCUUGGUUGCAGCCUCAGAGAAACCUUGGAAGAGAAACUUCUUUUUUCAAUCCUAUUUUCCUGUUGAUAAAUUCAGUUCUCGUGAUCACAGUACAUUCAAGCUGUUCUGCGUAUGAUUUUUUUGUGUGUGUGACAAUUGCAUCUAAAACUUGUGAGCAAGAAGACGGAGAAAUCAGUUGGUCUCCAUCGCUUUACAUAAAAAUGGCUGAGUGUCUUGUCAUGCUAGCACUGCAUUAAGUGAUACACACAGGUCUUGAUGUGGAGGAGAUGGAGGACUCAGAACCAAGAAUUUCCAAGUGAUUUCUUCCAAAGCACAAGAAACUGUUAGUGCUGGUGUGUUCUGACUGAGAUGACAGUCAUGUCCCUUUCCAGGGACCUCAAGGACGACUUGCACAGUGACACAGUGCUCUCCAUCUUAAAUGAGCAGCGCAUUCGGGGCAUUUUAUGCGAUGUCACUAUUAUUGUGGAAGACACCAAAUUUAAAGCCCACAGCAAUGUCUUGGCUGCUUCAAGCCUUUAUUUCAAAAAUAUCUUUUGGAGCCAUACAAUCUGUAUUUCCAGCCAUGUCCUGGAACUGGAUGAUCUCAAAGCUGAAGUGUUUACAGAGAUCCUUAAUUAUAUCUACAGCUCCACAGUUGUCGUCAAGAGACAGGAAACAGUCACGGAUCUUGCAGCUGCAGGGAAAAAGCUGGGAAUAUCCUUCUUGGAAGACCUUACUGAUCGCAACUUCUCAAAUUCCCCUGGUCCCUAUGUAUUCUGCAUUACUGAAAAGGGAGUGGUUAAAGAAGAAAAAAAUGAAAAAAGGCACGAAGAACCUGCCAUCACCAAUGGGCCAAGGAUCACAAAUGCAUUUUCCAUCAUUGAAACAGAAAAUAGUAAUAACAUGUUCUCUCCACUGGACUUGAGAGCAAGUUUCAAAAAGGUCUCCGACUCCAUGAGAACCACCAGCCUCUGCCUGGAGAGGACUGACGUGUGCCACGAGGCAGAGCCCGUCCGCACGCUGGCAGAGCACUCGUAUGCCGUUUCCUCCGUGGCCGAGGCAUACAGAAGUCAGCCCGUACGUGAACACGACAGCAGUUCGCCUGGUAAAACAGGUAAAGAAACCUGUGAAGCUCUAGCAGCAAAACCGAAAACGUGCCGAAAGCCAAAGACAGUCUCCAUACCCCAGGCUUCCGAUUCAGCUGCAGAAAAUAGACCACCCCCUCCAGCAGCCAGCUCAGAGGUUAAUCAGGAAAGAAGUCCAGAGUUGCCUGCCGUUCUUCCUCGUUCAAAAUCUCCCAACAACGAAGGAGAUCUCCGUUUUUCCAAGGAAGAUGAAAAUAAAUCCUCUGACGUCCCGGGGCCGCCGACGGCAGAGGUCCCACCUCUCGUGUACAACUGCAGCUGUUGUUCCAAGUCCUUUGACAGUAGCACUUUGCUCAGUGCCCACAUGCAGCUCCACAAGCCAACCCAGGAGCCGUUAGUGUGCAAGUACUGCAACAAGCAGUUCAGCACCCUGAACAGACUGGAUCGGCACGAGCAGAUUUGUAUGAGGUCCAGCCACAUGCCUGUUCCCGGAGGAAACCAACGCUUUUUAGAAAACUAUCCAACCAUCGGACAGAAUGGAAGUUCGUUCACAGGUCCAGAACCGUUGCUCUCUGAAAACAGGAUUGGUGAGUUUUCCAGUACCGGAAGUACCUUGCCAGAAACGGACCACAUGGUUAAAUUUGUUAAUGGGCAGAUGCUCUACAGCUGUGUUGUAUGCAAACGUAGUUACGUGACUUUAUCCAGCCUCCGAAGACAUGCAAAUGUUCACUCGUGGAGAAGAACAUAUCCGUGUCAUUACUGCAACAAAGUAUUUGCAUUGGCUGAGUACAGGACAAGGCAUGAAAUUUGGCAUACAGGGGAGAGGCGCUAUCAGUGCAUUUUCUGCCUUGAAACUUUCAUGACCUACUAUAUUCUCAAAAACCAUCAGAAGUCUUUCCAUGCCAUAGAUCACAGACUUUCCAUCAGUAAAAAAACAGCAAAUGGAGGCUUGAAGCCUAGUGUGUAUCCAUAUAAACUUUACAGGCUACUGCCUAUGAAAUGCAAGAGGGCUCCUUAUAAGAGCUACCGAAAUUCUUCCUAUGAAAAUGCUCGAGAAAGCAGUCAGAUGAAUGCAUCAGCAUCUGGUCCCUAUGUCAUUCAGAAUCCACACAGCUCUGAGUUACCGACGCUGAAUUUCCAAGACCGCGUCAACACCCUCACCAGCAGUCCAGCCGUCCCCUUGGAAACAUCUGCACGCCAGGACAUGCCCGCUUCUGCCAACGUACAGAGCGCAGAGGGGACCAAGUGGGGAGAGGAAGCACUGAAAGUCGAUCUCGACAAUAACUUUUAUUCUACCGAGGUGUCGGUUUCUUCCACUGAGAAUGCUGUCAGCUCUGACCUCCCAGCAGGGGACGUGCCUGUUUCGUCUUUGAGUGGUGGCAGUGAGAACGCAGCCUCUGUGAUCAGCUACAGUGGCUCAGCACCCUCGGUCAUUGUGCAUAGUAGCCAGUUCUCAUCAGUGAUAAUGCACAGCAACGCCGUUGCCGCCAUGACCAGCAGCAGCCACAGAGCCCCUUCGGACCCAGCAGGCAGUCAGCCCCUGAAAGACGACAGCAAACUCGAGCCUGACAAAGCGGGCAGGGUCAUCAGCAGACCCAAAAGCAUUAAGGAGAAAAAGAAGAUCGUGCCGUGUAACAAGGGGGAGAUAGCAGAGGAGUCCAAAUACGUCGCUGAUCCCGGAGGGUCAUUGAGCAAAACCGCAAGUAUGAAAGAAACCAGUAAAAUUGAAACCUACAUUGCAAAGCCUGCUCUGCCAGGAACCUCCACCAACAGCAACGUGGCGCCCCUUUGCCAGAUAACGGUGAAAAUCGGAAACGAAGCCAUCGUGAAAAGGCACAUCCUAGGAUCUAAGUUGUUCUAUAAAAGAGGGAGAAGACCCAAGUAUCAAGUGCAGGAGGAGACCUUGCCACAAGAGAGUGACCCGGAAGCCAACAGAGACAGCCCACUCGGGCUCUGCCAGUCCGAGUGUGUGGAAAUGAACGAGAUGUUCGAUGACGCCAGCGACCAGGAUUCCACUGACAAACCUUGGCGUCCUUACUACAACUACAAACCCAAAAAGAAAUCCAGACAGUUGAGGAAAAUGAGGAAGGUCAACUGGAAGAAAGAACAUGAACACAGGAGCCCAAGCAAUAAGUGUAAAUACCCAGCAGAACUGGACUGCGCGGUGGGGAAAGCUCCUCAGGAGAAGGCCUUUGAGGAAGAAGAAAAUAAAGAGAUGCCCAAGCUGCAGUGCGAACUCUGCGAUGGAGACAAAGCCUCGGGGGCCGGCAAUCAAGGAAGGCCCCACCGGCAUCUCACUGCUAGGCCUUACGCCUGCGAGUUCUGUGCCAAGCAGUUCCAGAGCCCUUCCACGCUCAAGAUGCACAUGCGGUGUCACACCGGAGAGAAGCCGUACCAGUGCAAGACCUGCGGGCGGUGCUUCUCGGUGCAGGGAAACUUACAGAAACACGAACGCAUCCACCUGGGCGUGAAGGAGUUCAUCUGUCAGUACUGCAACAAGGCAUUCACGUUGAACGAGACGCUCAAAAUCCACGAAAGAAUCCACACCGGCGAAAAGCGUUACCACUGUCAGUUCUGCUUUCAGAGUUUUUUGUACCUUUCCACAAAAAGGAAUCAUGAGCAGAGGCACAUUUGGGAGCAUGAUGGGAAGGGCUAUGCCUGCUUCCAGUGCCCCAAAAUUUGCAAAACAGCUGCUGCCCUUGGAAUGCACCAGAAGAAACACUUAUUCAAGAGCCCAAGUCAGCGGGAGAAAGUCGAAGGUGACAUGUGCCAUGAGAACUCAAAUCCUCUGGAGAACCCACAUGUCAAUGAUUCAGAAGACAAUGACCAAAAGGAUAAUGUGCAAACCAUUGUUGAAAAUGUCCUUUGAGUGGCGAUACUUAGAAAAAUCUUCAAAACUAUAAGUUGGUGGGUUUGUUGUUUUGGGGUGUUUUUAGCUGUUUCUUCUGGUGUGUGUGUUUUUUUUUAAGUUUAGUUUUGUUUUGUUCACACAACAGUCAUGAAGGAGUGAAAUGUAGAAAAGAAAAUCUCAUUUGUGAAAAUUCCAGAAAAAGGAUCCUAAUAUCUACUUUGGGUUUUAGCAUUAACUUCAUGCAAAGUGCACAAAAAUGAAAUAGCUGAAUCCUCCAGUAUCCCAAGUAUCUUGUGGAAGUUUAUGAAGUUCUUAGCUGUGGUAUUUCUGCCAGUGGAAAAAAAAGAGUCUAAUGUUAGCCUAAUUUAGAACUUUCUAGUAAGUGCUAAUAGGAACUGGCUGCUGAGCUGUCUUUAGUCACUGGAGAAAACAAGGGUCGGAUAUCAUGAAAACAUCAUCUUCAUAAAUAUGUUAGAAGGUAAACGAGCUAUGACAGUCAUUUUUCCCAUCCAGCUUCUGCGCUAUUAAAAAUUGUUUAAAUUAGUGGAUAUAUAAGAAAUAUUUAAUAUUAUAGCUGAAAAUAUGUGUGAAAUUGAGUAACUUAAGUAGGACAUUCAUACAUUAUCUAGAACUACUUUUCUGCAACACAAGCCUUGUAAAAUACAUAUAUAAAUCACUAUGACUUUUAACUAUCCAUGUCCCCUGUAGAGAAUUAUAAUGACGAGCAAUAGAUCUGCAAAUAAUGAGGACUAAUGGAAAAAUCAGUAGAAAGCAUCUUGAUAUGAUUUAAGAGCACAUUGUAUGCUUUUAGAUGGAAUGCUGUUCCCUUGAAGUUCUGGCUGAGCUAUUACUAGAACUGGUCUACUCCAGUCACAGAAAAAAUAGGUCAUGCCUUAUCUAUGGGGGAGAGCCCUCCCAGAAUUUUUCUCUGAUCACCUGUGCUGUAUAUUACUUUGCAGUGGCCUCACUUCAGAAAAUAAAGAAGGGUCAAAUUCUUCUGAAACUCCCUGCAGUCUUCCAUCCAUCACAAGGCCAUGGAUGUAGAGGUCUGUUUCAGACAGACUUAAUCAGUCUCCAGGGUUUAAGUUAAAACCUGACACAUCCCCUUCCACUGAAGGAGUGUCCAGGAAAUUUAGUGCAAAGCAUGCAUAUGGUGGUGAAUUCCCAGGCACUUGAAAAUGACAGAAAGCCUAAUCCCAGUGAUUAUUAGCCUUCUUGGAGAUUAUGCAGCCCACAAGUAUAUACUAAUAUAAAAGAAAAGGGCAUCAGAAAGACACCUCCCACCUCACCCAUUAAUGACUUGAGUGGGCAAGAGGAAGCGAUGACCUUCCUUGCCUCAAACAGUAGCUUUGUUUUGGGGGAGGUUGGAGGAGAGAUAGACUGUGGAGUAAUACGAUUCCAUCACUUACUUAUAUGACUCAGAAACAUAUCCCCAAAGCCAGAUGCCUUGUCUUCGUGUUUGCAGACACCUGGCUCCCUUGCUAAAAACCCACUUAAGUUGUGUCAUGUUCUUUUAUGUUGCCCCACACCAUCACCAUUACCCUCCAAGUCUAAUUGCCCUGUAGGAUAUUCCAUCAUGUGGACUAGGUUCUGGGAAGCUGGAACUCCUCAUUCUUAGGUUGUAAACUGCCAGAAUAGGAGGGAGAGAGAAAACAUUCCUACCCUUUGAUCACCAGUGUGAGCAGAACCUGGAACCUGGUUUAAGGGUGACCUACAGCUAUUCAUGUUCAUGGGAUUUGAUAGAUGGAAGCCCAAGGUUAUUCAAGGUUGCAGAGUCACCAUAAUGAAGAAGUAGUUCAAAGGACUCCAGUUUCUCUCUUCAAGUAUUGUGAUGUCUCCAUGAAGAAGACUUAAUACGGAUUUGGGUGGGCGAGAAAGCAUUUAAACACCCAGAGAAGGACACGAUCAAAGCUGACCUUUUUAUACAGUAGUAUUUUGCUGUUAAGUAACCCCAAUAUUGCAUCUGCAUUUAUCUUUUGUUGAUCUACUUUCACUUACUUACAUACAGUAUUAUGUAAUAGAGGAAAAUGGGGAAAUGCAAGCAAAUUCAUCCUUAUUUUAUACGUUGUAUAUAUGUAUACCUGCACUACUCAUUUGGGUUUUGUUAAAAGAGAUGGUCACAAAGGGCUUAUGAAAAUCAUUUCUGAAUUGAUAAUUAGAAUAUUGAAUAGGUAAUUCGGUGAUCUACUAAUUUAUUUUAUCUCAAUUGGGAUUAUUAAUCAAAGAGAAUUACUGUGUAUUUCAGUCAUUUUGAUUUGAGGUAACUCCAAAUAUAAAAUUAUUACAUGUAGUGAUGUCUCCUAGCCCUUACAUGUGGAAAUUUUUUAAGUGGACUUGUAUGCUGAUAAUUCUAGACCAAAGUAAAUAUGGCAGAAUAUUUAUACAUGAAAAAAUAAUUUUGCAAAUAUUUUCUAUAAUUGUAUUAUUCAUUUAAAAUGUUGAUAGCUUGUGUUAGUUUCAGGGAGGGGUGUAUAUUUUGAUAAAAAAAAUACUUGACUUUGUAAUUCUGUAUAUUCUAUACAAUUUAUAGCAGAGCCGUUUUAAGACAGCCUUGUCACAUUUUUGUUAAUUGUGAAAACUUUAUCAUGAGUGAUGUUUAUGCAUUGAGUACAUAACGACCAACUAGAAUUAAAGUAGGUGUAAACAGUGAACAUACUGUAUGCUGUACAAGAUAUAUUGUAAUUUGCUGUUUUAGCAUCUGUAUUUUGGUUAGAAGAUAUUAUUAAAUGCAGAUGUUAAGGGUUGGAAAAGUCUAAUUUUAUUUUUAGAAAUAAUGAAUAUAAAUUUGGUUUUGCUUGAUUAAAAUAGCUUAUUCUAUGUUAAGUCUCUUAAAUGUUUUAAUGUUAAUUCUUUUGUGCAGUCAAGCGGCUAUUUCCUCUUUGUGAGUCACAGCAUUGUUUCACAUAUUACUCAUUUAAUAUAUUUCUGUUUCCUUACUUGUUUACGUUCCAUGAUACCUACUUACAUGCUUAGGACUCAAAUGGAAUAUGCAUUAAAAAAAAAAAAGCAGAAAUAAGA